UGCGCAGCGUCUAGGGGCGUGGCUAAACGUACAACGCACGCCGCGUCGCUGGGUGACGUAGUUGCCCCUGGUAACCUGGAGAGUCGCUGAGAGGAUGGGUUUGCUGUCUAUUUUGCGUAAACUGAAAAGUGCCCCAGACCAGGAGGUAAGAAUUCUGCUCCUGGGACUGGACAAUGCCGGCAAAACCACACUGCUCAAACAGCUUGCGUCCGAGGAUAUCAGCCACAUCACACCUACACAGGGUUUUAAUAUCAAGAGUGUACAGUCCCAAGGUUUCAAGCUCAAUGUAUGGGACAUUGGAGGACAGAGAAAAAUCAGGCCGUACUGGAGGAACUAUUUUGAAAACACUGAUGUUCUUAUCUAUGUGAUUGAUAGUGCUGACAGAAAGCGAUUUGAAGAAACUGGUCAGGAACUUGCAGAACUUCUGGACGAGGAGAAGUUAAGUGGGGUCCCAGUGCUGAUCUUUGCAAAUAAACAAGAUUUAUUGACUGCUGCACCAGCUUCUGAAAUUGCUGAAGGCCUAAAUCUGCACACAAUCCGGGACAGAGUUUGGCAAAUUCAGUCAUGUUCCGCCCUCACAGGAGAGGGUGUACAAGAUGGAAUGAAUUGGGUCUGCAAAAAUGUAAACGCAAAGAAGAAAUAGAACCAGAUCGAUAAAUAAAUUCACGGGACAGAAAAAGAAAACUAUGGAAAAAGUGAUGUCAAAAUUCAAGGCUGCUGCUUAAAGACAUAAAUCUUUCCAACUACCUUUUUUUUAAAAAAAAAAGGACAGAAAGGUCACCCAACAUUUUUUUUCCAGAUUCAUUUCUAUGCUGUCAGUAGCUCAUUUACAGUAUUGCAUGUCCAUGUUGUUUUUGUUUCCUUUUGUCCGCCAGGCAUUUUUGUAAUCUAUUAAAUGGCAAAUAUAUAUAUAUAUGUAUCUUUUAAACACUAGCUCUUCAGUUACAGUUUAUUCUAGGAUACAAAUUUAGGUUCUUGUGUUAGCGCAGGGCUAAUCAAGUGCAGGCCGUGUAAAGGCAGAUAGCUUCGUUACAAGGAGGGAAGCCCUAAUGUCCUCCUAUAUAGUUCAAUGUCUUUUAAGCCUGCAGAUGGGCAGCUCUGCCUUGGUGUCACUCUGGGGCAUCAGUGGUUUAGAAAACUUGUCAGCUCCAAGCUGUGUAGCAUUUAUUUCCAUGGGAUCACCAUGCUGCGGAACACAUUAGGCAUGCACUGACCUAAAGAUGGCAUGGGACUAGCAUAAUCCUUAAAUGUUUUCCUUUUGGGUGAACAUUUGAAGGCUGGCCUAGAAAAUGCUUUAUGAUUAUCUAAUACCAAAUGCUUUAGCCUCCUCAAGGUCUCCUUCCUAAAGUAGAACUUUUCAUUUAUCCAUGUAAUCAAUUCACCAGGAAAUGAUCACCUCACCAAACCAAAUUCUCGCUGUUGACUCCCCCAUUAUGGGCAAGCGUGUUUGUCAGGAUAAAGUCACUCAUGUGCUGUGUUCUGAUUGUCCACAAAGGCUUCAUCAUUGUACAAUCCUGUAUAUAUUUCUGCAUACACAACUUUUCAAAACAAAGUAGUGGCAACAAAUCUCCUGGUUUAACAGUUGGCAUAGCCAUCACGAGAAAGUUCUUUCUAAUAGCAGUUGUAUAGCAAAAGCAAACCUGCGUCCAAAGUCCUUCAAGUCAUGAACCUAAAGAGCCACUUUCUCCUUAGCUCAGUUGAAGCAGUUUAUUAAACUGUCAAGCACAACAUGUUAUGGAUCAUUCAUGAGCCUUCCUCAGGAAACAUGUUUGGGGGCUUUACGACUUAAUAAACUGCUUCAUAUAUGGUGAAAAGAAAGUAGCUCUUCAGUACCUUGCUAUGAAGAACUUUCUAUACCAGACAGGCCAAGAUGGUGCCCUUGCACACUGUAGCUGGAACCUAAGGAACGACUCUUUACUAGUACAGACCUGCUUCCAGCAGCCCUGCAGGGGCCACUUGACAACCCUAGAUGCAAACCUGCUAUUGUUUUUAACUAGUAAUAUAUAUUUCUUACUAAACAUGUUCACAAAGGAUACCAUCAGCUGGCUUUUAUUUUAUUUAAUUAAAAAGCACUGUGCUUGAUUUUAAUAAAUUAGGAAACGUUGGGUUGCUUGAGAUAGGGCAGAAAGAUCACUGGUGUAUGUGGCUGUGUGUGUUUGACUACUUCAGUAUUUACCAAUUACUUCUUACUUACAGACUGUAGGAGUUUACUUUCUUGCAGAAGGUGCACAAUUGUGAAAAAUGUAGCAGCUUUUUUAGCUGCCAGGAACAGACCGUGAUGAGUCUCAGAUUUCGGCAAGGCCUUAGAUAUAUCCUGUCUGGUGGUGUUGGGGGCCAAGUUUGAUUUAGGUAUCCCAAUUUAAUCGACAGUGGGAGCAGGCUCCAUGUCUUCUUUCAACCCGACUGGUAUCAUUCCAUUGUUAUAACCAAAAUUGUGGUAUUUAUGGCAUUGCGUAAUAUGAAACCAUAAUUGAAGAUAUAUUUGUGUUGUAGGUCACAAUUUUAUAAAAUGAGUGCUGAGUUAAAGGAGACUGUUAACUACAAAUGUGUUUUUAUAUUAGAUGUUGGGUAUAUUAGAGAACAUUAUUUUGGCCAUGCUGACUGCAGGCAUGUCCGCUGCUCUGCCAGACCCCUCUGCAGCCUGUGGGGCCACUUCAGAACCUUGAUAUGAGGGUAACUUUAUGGAAGAAUUGUUUGUGUAAUUAUUAUUUCAGACACAAGCCCCAUUCCUAGUUAGCUGUUUCUAGUCUAGUCCUGCUUACUGUUAGAGUCUCACUAAACUAAUACAAGAAAAGUUGCCUUUUCACCCUCUGAAAAAUAUUCCCCUAUAAGGUUAUGAUAAUAUUUACAACUGGAUAAACAGAAGGCUCAGUUGUACAUUGUGUGCUUCAUGGGCGUUUGCAUGUCCUAGAGCCAAACUCUCUUUUAUGUUAACUUGUUACACGUUUGUAUGUACUGGUUUCCAACCUACCUGCUACUGAACUACAACUUCCAGAAUGCCCAGGGACUGCCUUAAUCUACACUGAGGCUUAUACAUUUGUCUUCUGCAAAUACUAUAGGAUGUGAUAUGAUUCUAGUGAAAUGUGUCAUUUAAAGGGAAAAAUACUGUUACUUUAUGGCAUGAGCUCCUUCAGUUGGAUUUAUGUAGAAACGCUAUUUGAUCUGCCAAAAAACAUAAAUACAGAGCUGGGAUCCAUUAUCCAGAAAUCCGUUAUGAGAAAGCUCAGAAUUACAGGAAGGUCAUCUGCUAUAGUACCUUGUACUUGAUCCCAACUAAGAUAUAAUUAAUCCUUAUUGGAGGCAAAACAAUCCUAUUGGGUUUAAUUAAAGUUUGAAUAAUUUUAAAUCAUGUCGUAAAGUUUGACAAUCCAAAUUCCUUAUCUAGAAAACACCGGGUCCCAAGAAUUCUGGGUAAAAGGCUUCAUACCUGUAUAUGAUUUUUUGGUAUGCAGACUUACUUGAUUCCUCAGAUUGAAAGGAAACCUGAUAGUCUGCCCCUGACUCACAGGGACCAUUCAAGCCCCUCCCAGUAGGCUGGCAGCCCCUCCUUUGCAUUGUUACUUUACCUGAAGCCCCUCUCCUUGCUAUCAUGUUAUUUCAGGAAGUGUUUUCUACAUACUUUUCCAAUGAAUCAGCUUGUGUCAAAAGGGGAGUGGCAUUCUUUCCCUUUAAUAUUCUUACUUGACACAGGAUGCCACUGCUUCCAGGCUUUUCUAAUACCAAAUGAUGGCAGAUUUCCAUGUGAUUUUUUUAAGUUUCUCCUGUAGCAGCUGAAGAACAAAGGUGGCAAAUCAGGCCCUGUUCUUAUAAUGCAUGACUGUGGGUUAUAGCUCCAAUCCCCUGUUGUGCCCAAGUCCGAACCACAUCUUCUAAUGGUAAUGAGCGGGUUUCUCAAACAUGUUGAUCCAGACAGCAAUGACACUACUAAAUGUGUUGGACUUGUACCUACAUCUUCAAUAAAGUCUACUUUAUCUUCCACAGAAA